AUUCUAUUGCGCUCCGAAUUUCUACCAGCUUGCAGGACGUUUCGUUCGAUCAGUUUCAAUUCGCCAUCCCGAAGAUGUCUAAGGUAAUCAGGAAGAUCAUCAGCACCGCCAAAGCCCCGAAACCGGUGGCGCCCUACAACCAAGCGGUUGUCGUGGACAGGAUGGUCUACGUGUCCGGUGUAUUGGGAAUGGACAAAGAUACCAACAAACUGGUCAAGGGAGGCGCCGCCGAAGAGGCUAAGCAAGGUUUGAAGAACUUGGGACACAUCUUGGAGGCUGCAGGUUCAUCCUACGCCAACGUCGUGAAGAGCACCAUCUUCUUGAACGACAUCAACGACUUCCCAGCCGUCAACGACGUCUACAAAGAAUUCUUCACCAAGGAUUUCCCAGCCAGGUCGACCUAUCAAGUAGGAAAAUUGCCGUUGGGCGCCACCGUCGAAAUCGAGGUCAUCGCUUGCACCGGAGAAGUUGAAACUGUCACGCCAAAAUUGUAAAAAAAUAGGCAACAAGGAAUAAUAGUCAAUGUAUAUAAUUAUGGAAUAAUAUAAAGAUUUAGACGGUUGUUUGUAAAUA